AUGAAGAACUUUGGAAGCAUUACCCUCCUGCUGCUGGCAGCGACGUCGUACGUCGUCGCCAGGCCGGCAGUCGAGCAGACCGACCUGCACCUGCACGUCCGCGGCCAGGACGCAGCCCCCGCUUUGGCCAAUGCCGCCGCCGCCGACCCUGCUGCCGAAGGGAAGAAGAAGAAGGCGCAGGGCGCCACCGCUGCCGCCGAUCCUGCUGGUGCGGCACCGGAGACCGGCGCUGAUCCUGCUGGUGGGGCACCCGGGCCCGGCGGCAACGCCACCGCUCCUGCAGACGGCAAGGGCAAGGGCAAGGGCAAGGACGGCAAGAAGGAUGGCAAGGGCAAGGGUGCCGCCGGAGCCGGAGCUGGAGCCGCUAACGCGACAGCUCCCGAUGGCGGCAAGAAGAAGAAGGGCAACAAGGGCAACAAGGGAGGUGCAAACCUAGGCGGCGGCAACAACGCAACGGCCGCCGCCGAUACCGGCAAGGGUAAGAAGGAUGGUGGAAAGAAAGACCAAGGCGUUGCAACCCUCGCCGCUGCCGGCAACGGAACAGCCGCCGAUGGCGGCAAGAAGAAGAAGGGCAAGAAGGGAGGCGCAAACUCCGCCGCCAACAACGGAACAGCCGCCGAUGGCGGCAAGAAGAAGAAGGGCAACAAGGGCAAGAAGGGAGGUGCAAACCUCGGCGGCGGCAACAACGCAACGGCUACCGAUACCGGCAAGGGCAAGAAGGAUGGGCAGAAGUCUCAGGCCGUCCAGUCUGGCGAAGCUGCCGGCCCCAGCUUCGGCCAGAUACACGCAGCUGCGGGCGGAGACCAGGCCGGAGGUCUCUCGGGCUUGCUGCGAGAGGUCGAGAGUGCUGCCGACGGCGCCCUUUCGCAACUGAAGCGCAGCAUCGUCAGUAUGAUCGGGGACCUGGAGUAAAUACCUACAGUCCCCUACCGGCUAGUGUGGUCUUUUUACGCCAUGCUUUUUCGGUUCAUCAGAGUCAGCCGACGCCAAAAAAAAAAACUCUUUAUACAACCUUGACAGUGUUUUCUACCCCAGUGGUAGAGUAACAUGGCCGCCACGAGUUCGCCCAUGGCUCUGACCAAGUAUCAAAACUACUCGGGACCAACCAUGGCCACCUCUCCACCUUUCUUCUCUUCAUUGUCGCUCGCCUGAGGCGAAGCGUCUCGCGUCGACCAUGUUGAUGUGUUAACUUAGCCACUUUUUGUUUCCUUUGUUCGGGGAUUUUUCUUUAGCCAACGGCGGCUUCAGGGUUUGUUUCUGAAUUUCUUCUAGACGGUUUUCAAGAGUACCUAUAUACCCCACCACGCAAGAGGUUGGUCCCAAGUUGGACAGCCUGGGUUGUUGGUCCUUGUAUCAUGAGCACAUGGACUGUCCGACAGACUGAAUUCAGACUUACCGAGUGCAGAAAAAAACCUUGUUACUUUGCCAUACGUGAUUGAUGACUUGCAUACUUUCAGGCUUACCGGUAAACACGCAAGCUUUGCCUGGGUCUAGAUGCAUGAUACUGACUAACAAGAUUUAG